UCAAGACUGUGACAAGCGGAAGGUUCUGCAUACGUUUUGGAGCAGAAUGGAUGAGAUACUGAAGCAUAAACAUAGGAGACCAUCAGUUUUGCGUCAUGUUCAACAAACAGCUUCUAGACAACAGCAUGAUUGUAGUGGACCAAGUUCUCUUUGUAAAGAGGAGGAGGAUACAGGUCUUCCCUGGUCAGAUUCUGCCAUGAUGCUGUCAACGCCAAGCCCAAGCCUUUAUCUUCUGUCGUCAAGCAGAGACCAUCAAAAGCAACCUUCAGUCAAGACCGCGCUUAAUAAUAGAAUACCAGAGGGGAUGAGUGCACUGUUUGUAAGUGGUCUUUGCCGCUGGCCAGGCUGUGGUGAGGUAUCGGAAGAUUUCUCAGCUUUCUUAAAGCACCUCCAUUCUGAACACAGACACAGUGACAAAAGCAUUGCUCAGUGGAGGGUGCAGCAUGAUAUCGUUCAGUACAUGGAACGUCAGCUUGUCCUGGAAAAACAAAAACUUGUCGCAAUGCAGGUUCAUCUUUCCGAAAACAAAUACGCUAACCUGGCUCAGGUCAUCAGUGAAGACAGAAUCCAACUUGGGGAAAUAAAAAAUCCAAAUCAGAUCCAAAAUGACUGCACACCUAACGCUUCUUCUCCCCAUCUACUGCCAGAUUUGUUCCCAGGCAUUGAAUGCUACAAAUACAACAACAUCAGGCCUCCAUACACCUAUGCUUACCUGAUAAGAUGGUCCAUCUUGGAGUCUCCAAACAAACAGAAGACUCUCAGUGAGAUUUACAGCUGGUUUACUACCAUGUUCUUCUACUUCAGACACAACACAGCUACGUGGAAGAAUGCAAUACGACACAAUCUCAGCCUUCACAAGUGUUUUGUACGAGUGGAAGGAGAAAAGGGGGCUGUGUGGACAGUGGAUGAGGCAGAGUACCAGAGAAGGAAGGGACAAAAAUUUCACCGAGACUGCCCUGUAAAGUGGCUUACUUCUUACUCCUAUUACUGUUCUGAGGACCCUGCAGCAGCAGCAGCAGACAGCAGCACAGUGCCUGUCCGGUUGUCUAGAUGUUGAAGUCUUGUCCACAUCAAAGACAAAACUUGUGCAUUCCUGAAUUCAAACUCAUUGUUUUUACUUGUCUCUCUUAUUACUUGUUGGCUUGGCAUUAUGUGUUAUAUUUAAUAUAUCUUAUUAAUGGUAGGCUGUUGUAUUAACUACAAUCACUCAUUGCAGAGGAAAAAAUCCUACUUUUCUCUUUAUCAUAGUAUUUAAAGGUCCAAGUAAUAACAUAAAGCUGUUACUUCAUUGAGAGGGCAUGAACAUAUUUUACAUAGGUUCAAAUGUAUCAUUAAAUACAAUUUAUUUUAUUUAUGUUGCUCAAAAUUACAAAAGUAAUUAUGUCAAUGUAAUUUACAUAAAAGCAGAUGGGUCAAUAUCAAAUAUGGUUACAUUCUUUUCAAAGGCAGUCAUGUUAAUAUUGCAUUCCAAGACUAAAAUCUAAAGUGAUUGAACUAUGACUGCAGUCCUUAUCUAGAACAAGAACAGAGACAUAGUUGAUGGAAAUACGUCUGACAUGUCUGAUCUUUCCUUCCACUUUUUCUGGUUUAGCUUUUUUGACUAAUUGAAAGCUUUCAUAAAAACCUUCAAGCUUUCAUGAUUGAAAAGGAAUGCUGUAGUCCUGCCUAAAAGUAACAAAGCAAUGCAAUUGUCUUUUUUUUUUACAUGUCUGAAACAUAAGUGAAAGAAAGUAGUCCUGAAAACCCGUUUUCUCUGGGGGUUAAACAAUAAUAACAAUAAUAAAAAAUUCUAUGGCUCCUCAUGCUUUUACUUUUACCUCACGCUUCUGAAAGGAAACAAUUCUGUUUCCUUUCUGUAGCGCUAGUAAACUUGAGCAGUGCGGCCUCUGUGAAGGUGAACUCUAAAGUCUGAUGGGAACUUUUCAAACAAAUCUUUUCUGUAGAACCUUUCCUGGUUAAGUAGCUGGAUUUUUUUUCUCCUCAAGUAUUUUAGAUUAAAGUCUAGUGGCUAUAAUGCUACAUGUUUCUAAUCCAGAUGGACACAGUUUUUUUCCCAGAGAAAGUUUAAUUGCAGCAACAUAAAAGACUAAGGUUUAUAUCCAUUUAUGACUGAUCAAAAAUAGAAGUAUUGGCUGAAUUAAAAGCCUGCUUUAACACUUUAAUUGGUCAAAUUGACGGUUUAGAUGGAAUUAAUAAUAACUCAGAACUCACAAUCUAUUGUGGAUUUUUACUUCAGAAGAAUUUCUUUUUCAAAAAGCUUCUUCUUUCUAACUUAUUUCAUAGAUGCCCCUGUCAUUUGUUACAAGCAAACUGUUAAGGUGAAUUAAAUGUCAUUUAAAUCUAAAUCCACCUGGGUUAUGAAAGAUUUUGAGAUUACAUGUAUGUGUAUAUAAAACAUUUAUCAAACAAAUAUUAACUUGUUUUUAUUUCUUUUUAUGCCUGGCUGUAUCUUUUCUUCUAAUAAAUUCUCUUGAAUACAAAUUAUACUAGUUGUGUUUGUAGGCAGAACAAGGCGUGGUCCUGUGAUGGACUGGUAAAUGCAGUUUUUUACAUUAUAUCACUAUAUUUCUCAGCUUCAGUUUCGAAUGUUAUUUAUUGAUUGAUUGAUUGAUUUGUUUGUCAAUAGCCGACAUCUUUAUAUCCAAUCUAAAUGGAUAUAUGUAAUUAGUAUAAUUCUUUCCCCAAGACAUUUAAAAUAAAUACAUUUGAGACCAAUUUCAUAUUUCCAGAUAAAAUUUACUUUGUACUUCAAAAAGCUUAACAUAACUAUUCCAACUAGGUACUAUGGGCCAAAAGGUGCUUGGGUUAAUGCAAUGGCACCAUGUAUGGCAACAGAGAGAAUAACAUAUUUUCUUAAAACUAAACUGUAAGUCUAUGAAGAAAUUUGGAAUUCAUUUGUGUUUUUUAUUUAAAAGAUCUGAUAAUGUAACCUGACUCUAGCCAGAU